UGUUAUCUCCUCAGUUUUGAUAAAAUGACGCGCAAAGAGGCAAAAACAGAAAUUAAAAAGCGCAUAAAAGAUUACUUGAAUUGCAAGUACGCAUGUACUUAAUAAGCAAACAAGCCGAUGCAUACGUACUUGCAAUCAUAAACGUGCUAAUUUUUUACGUUACAUUUUAUUGCGUUGCUCAUAAAAAUCUAUAUAUUUAUCUUUGCAGAUCAACGAUAAAAGGUCAGAUACAGUUUAGUUUUGCACAAUGCAGUUUCGCGGGCUGACAUAGAAGACAUGCGUUUCUAGAAAAUCUUAUCUUCGAAUGUGGUGACUCGUCAGUUUUAAUAUAACUGGUAUUUAAUAUUUAUACUAGAAUUACGAUAUAAUUUAUUGAGAGAAGAAUAAGCUCUGGUCGGGUAAGUUUCACAUUUACAUGUAAGGUUCAUCAACUUAUAAUAUGACGAGUCAUCGCGGGGAAAAUGUUUUUAUACCUCUUCGGUUUUAUGCCUGCUGCAGAAUGACUUCAUUGGCGUCUGCUUUGUAUAAGUGUUUCAAGAACAAGGCGUUACGACGAGGAAAGCUCGGGCACGAUUGGUUCUCGCGUAAUACAAGGUUUCAGAUACUGCUCAAGAAACGCCGCGUGUUUGAAAAUAAUGAUUUAAUUUCUAUGUUUGCGGGAAAUAAUUGGUUCGUUCUUGUUAGUUGAACUUGUUGCAAGCCUCGUCUUUUCUCUUUCUUUUUUUCCUUUUGACCUACGACGGAGAGAGAAACUGAUGAAACAGAGAUUUGCUGUAAAGAAAUACGAGCUCAUUUAAGUGAGUUCAACGCUCGCUUUCGGCGGGCGUUACAUAAAUCUUCUAAAAUAUACAGUGACGAAAAUAAGGAAAGGGACCGUUAUCCCACGAGAUCGAGUUUCUCGAUCUCGAUAUAUCGCGGUGAACGCUCCCGUUGGCGCUCCCCGGGGCCCGCGAAGGGUCCUGAGAACAAAGCGUUACGAUAAUCGCCGCCGAAGAGAUUUGAAGUGGGCCGGCUGGCGGACCGCGGGGCCCGCGUGUGUAUGUGUGUAUUUCCUGAAUGAAAAUCCAUAACCGGACGGGCGACGCAACGCGGUCUCCUUUCAUUCCGGCCAGCACACUCUCGGUUUCAUUUUCUGCAAAAGGUUCCCGGUCGCAACUCGCUGCGCACGGCUGCGAGGCCUGUGGCGUGCGGGAAAGGUUCUCUCCCCCCCCCCCCCCUCCGGGUUUCGUUGGGGUCUUACACCCCACCCUUUCACCGCGUUCACCGCCACCUGUACAGGUCGACCGAGACUGGAGAAUGGGACCAGGACCGCCGCCGCCGCCGCCGCCGCCGUCGCCGCCGGUUCUCCAAGUUAAAAAGGAAUGGUAGUGAGAGUCCGAGAGGCAGCGGAAGCGGGAGGGUAGGAAUGGGUUUCACGAACGGCUGUCGCGGUUCUUGAGUGCGCUCGCUCGCUCGCUCGUACGUUUGCGCGCGCGUUCGCGCGCGCGGCCACUUUAAUGUGAAAGUAAGUCUUACAGUUGACCGAAAACUGCGUGCCCGUCGUCGUGCUCUCGUCGACUAUCCGCGACCGACGUGCCAUGCCGUAGCGCGCGCGCUGUUCCGUCCGAUCGUGCGAUGUGCACACCCGUACGGCUCCAAUCGACCGAUACCGCGGUCAGCGCGCUGUAAAAGAAAAAAAAGGGACGAAAGAGAGAGAGAGAGAGGGAGAGUAAAGAAGAAAACUGAAAAGAAAAAGGGGAGAUCCGCUCUCUGAUCGCAUCGCUAAUUAAUUCCCAUAUCGACGCGCGAGUUGACUCAUCCACGGUGCGCAACGCAAUAUCUCAUUUGCCGCUCGACGUACGCCACACGACUUUCUAUACACUUGUCCGACGCUCUUUCGUCAUAGUCAAUCUUUCCGACCGCGUCAGCUGUCCCACACGUUGCGUCCGCACUUUUGAAGGAUUCGAUCUAAAAGACGACGCAUGGGAGUAGUGACGUUAUAGCAUCGAGGCCACAAGAGGAAGCAAGGAAAAGGAGAGAAGGGAUGAUCCCUUUUCAAUCGUACAGCGAAUAAAAGUUGGCGGCGGUGAAAUAAGGUGAAGCCGUCCCGAUUAAAUUCGAUUAAAUUUACAUUUCCUUCCUCGCGCGCAGCAACGAAAACAGUGUUUCACGUGGCAUUUCCGCAAUCUUGUUAUAGUUUUUCGCUUUUGAAAGAACAGCGGAGGGAAGCGCGCGCGAACAUCGAAAUUAUCUUUCCGUCCCGAGCUCAAGAACUCCAUUUAAACAUACAGAAAGGUGUGUGACUGGUGUGACGUGACAAAACGUAACAAUAAUUUUUUCUCAUAUUACUUUUGAGGCUGAAAAUUGGUUGGCGAGACAUUCGCGUUGACAUUUUCAACGGAUAUGCCACUUUCAUUCGGUAUGCUCGCUGUGACGCGUCCGUGCGGAAAAGUUUAAGUGUUUCGCGCACGCAUAAAUAUACGCGCGGGGUCCUUGUCCUUGAAGUAAUGCGUGGACGAGUGGAUCUCGCUGCGUAGACGCGUAAUCCCUCAGUCGCUCAGACAAACCCUUGCGACAUUAUGUGACAAAUCGAUCGGAGUGCACAUGCAACGCGAUAGAUGAGCGCGGAUCGGAAGUUAAAUGUAUAUCCACGCAUUCGAAGAGGCUGAACAGAACGGACGAGAGGAAGGAAGGAAGGAGGGUCAGAAGCGCACGUCCGCCCUUCGCCGUGCUUCCUGACACCGGGGGGACCCGAUUGUGAAGUUUCGAACGAAGUUUUCCCUACGUGUACCUGUUCCACGUGUAGCUAUGCGCCUACGCCUUCAAACGUAGUCGAGUCAAUCCGAGGCUCUUUUUUUUUUUUAACUGACAAUUCGCAAGAUAUUAAUUAUGAAACGGACGGUGUUCGUUAUCGCGUGCGUUUUGGGCUUCGUCUUAGCGGGAAGUCCUAGGCUACCUCGAACAUCCGCCGAUCAGCGUGGCACGCGUAGCGCAAGCCACAACAGCACCGGCGGGACAACGGUGCAGCAGUCCUCUCGCAAUCUGCAACGAAAUAGAGAGCAAUAUCUUUUCAACGUCUUCGAAGUAAUAGUGUCGACUUUGGAGUCCAAGUUACAGCGAAUCGAGAAUUUAGAUAAGGCGGUGGAGCAUUUGAUGAGAAGAGUAGAGGCUUUAGAUUCACGUGUGAACGAUAACAUUGACAAGACAGAUGCGGUCAUUACUAAGCUUAGGACGUUAGAUUUGAAGCUUUUCAAUGCGUAUCCUAUCAUUUCCACGGAGACAGCAACGAGGAUUGCCGAAAGUAAGGGCGGAAGUCAUACGGAAGAUACCCCUUUGAUACGUGUGAUUCAUCACGAUCAGACUGAACAAGCUCCAGGAACCCUUGGCGAGAAAUUGGUUUCUCUGGAUCAGAAAGUUUCCGACAUUGAUCACAAGCUUGUCAAUCUUAAGAAUCAACUCGACAACAAUUUCCUACAAAACGAUGACAUAAACGCCGAGGCGAGUGAAAAGAAGCCGGUCAGUAUGAGCGUCAUCGAGAUCACCAAGGCUAUGAGUAACGAGGUGAUGAACCAUAUGACGCUUGAGAUUGGGAAUCUUAAGCAAGCGACAAGUAACAUGGAUCGAAAGCUUCAAUUCCACAUGAACCUAAUGUCGGAUAAUAUCGGAGCGAUGUACAAUAUGAUUAGUGACGUGCACGAGGCUAUUGUCGAGAAAAAUUACGAGAACAAUCGGCAUAAUCGCCCCAAUGUUACUACGACCGAGGCCCCGACGAAACAAAGUAAAAUCGAUCGUCUUGCCGAACAAAUGUAUCCGAUGCUUACCGUCUCUGAAAAGAUGGACCAAGUUUGGAAUGUAGUGAUGGGAACCAAGAGCUCAGUGGACGACCUACUGCCAAAAUCCGACGAAUUACUUACUCAAACUCAGAGGCAGGAGAGAGCGAUCAGCGAGAUUCACGCCGAUCUAAGAUCCAAAACAAAUAAGAUCAUUGAAAAUCUUGAGGGCGUCGAAAGCCGCUUGAGGAAGCAGGAGGACGACGUGGCCACUCUCGCGCAACGCCCGAUUCCGGCUGAAUUGUUACUGGAUCCGACAAUCGAUCGACUCGUUGAAUAUGAUCCAAGCAGAUACGUUAGCGUAACCGAAGAUUUUGUAACGGAGAUGCCCAUGUCUACGCUAUCCACUGUUUCGCCGCCCUUGUCAACUACAACAUCGAUAUCGUCCGUCGCUUCACCCUCGAACAAUCCCACAAGCUCCACGACUCCCAUGACGGCAACGUCCUCGAGUACCGUGAGAUCAAAUAGCAGAAAUCGAGGAGUGAUAUUCCCGAGUGUUAAAAACAAACCGAGUUUAGCAAACUCUACUUUCGCAAGCGACAUAUUAAUCAAUUAUAAAGAUAUCAAGGGUUAUUCUUGCGUGGAUUUAUUAAAUGGAGGAAUGAGAGACAGUGGCGUAUAUUAUCUACAAAUACGCGGCACGACGUAUUGGUUCCUUAAAGUCUAUUGCGAACAAGAAAUUGCUGAUGGUGGCUGGACGGUUAUUCAAAGGAGAGAUGAUUUUGGAGAACCAAGGGAGAACUUUAACAGAGAUUGGGCCGAUUAUAAAAACGGAUUUGGAGAUCCCGCUAAAGAAUUUUGGCUGGGCAAUGAAAACAUAUAUAUGUUAACAAAUAAUGAAGAUUAUAUGCUCAGAGUUGAACUAGAGGACUUCGAAGGUAACAAAAGGUAUGCACAGUAUUCGCAUUUUAAGAUUUAUUCAGAAGGAGAGUAUUAUAAAUUGGAGAUAGAUGGAUACGAAGGAAACGCCGGAGAUUCAUUAAACGAUCCUUGGUACGGAUCAAACAAUAGCCCAUUCUCGACUUACAACAGGGAUAACGACAGAUCAUCCUUAAAUUGUGCUUCGAUGCUCAAGGGUGGUUGGUGGUGGAAAUCAUGCGGGCGUGGUUUAAAUGGUCUUUAUUUGAAUGAUCCACAAGACAUUACUGCACGACAAGGUAUCGUAUGGUUUCGUUGGCGAGGAUGGGAUUAUACUCUAAAACGUGCAAUGAUGAUGAUUAAACCAAAAGGUCCAUCAACAACGACGACGACAACGACGAUAUAAACAUUGAAAUUGUUAAAUUUGAAAUGUUAACUCCUAAAUUUCUUACGCGAUUAUUAAAUAACAGUCUUGCACAUAGUACUUAAGACUCAGCUCUCUCGCGGCGCCACAUUGGUUGUAUGACGUCAAAAGCGAGAAAGAACAUGCAAUAAAUUAGUUGCUAAGUACA